AUGACAGUUGGACUUAAGCGGCAGCUCGGCGUCAUCAGCGCCAUUAGCUACGUCACCGGCGGCAUCAUAGGAGGCGGCAUCUUCGUCAGCCCAAGUUCGGUGUUGGCUGGUGCUGGAGCAUCUCUAGGGCUCUCCCUCUGUGUGUGGGUGUUUUGUGGCUUCAUUAGCUACUGUGGAGCUUUGUCUUACGCCGAACUCGGUACUCGUAUUAAGAGAUCUGGCGGAAGCUAUACUUACGUCAGAGCAGCCUUUGGAGACAUGGCCGGAUUCACUGUGUUGUGGGCUCAGCUGUUUGUUGUGCGCCCUUUAGCGGCCGUAUUGGGGAGUCUAGUCACUGCUGAAUACAUCAUGCGGCCUUUCUAUCUGGAGUGCCCAGAUUUGGCGCCAAAGUCAGCCAAAGUUCUGCUUGCUACAGUUAUCUUAUCUUUCAUUGUGGCCUGUAACUGUUAUAGCGUCCGCGUUGCUGCCGGAAUACAGACAGUAUCCACGGUCUGCAAGGUCAGCGCUCUUGUCGUCAUUAUAGUAGCUGGCCUCUAUCACCUAACCCAAGAAUAG